AUGACUAUCGACCUGGUCCCGGCAUUCAACGAGGAAUUUACGACGGGCACGCUCCCGAAAGACUUCCAGUACGGCUUUGCGACUGCGGCAUGGCAGAUCGAGGGCGGAUGGGACCAAGACGGCCGCGGCCCCUGUGUGUGGGACGACCUGGCCGCCAAGCCGGGAUACAUCGCCAACGGGGAUAACGGACACGUCGCGGCUAACUCGUACAACCUGUGGAGGGAGGACGUGCGGGUGUUGAAAGAGCUCGGCGCGAAGGUUUACCGCUUCAGCGUGUCAUGGAGUCGCGUCAUCCCCAAGGGCGGACGCGCAGACGAGGUCAACGAAGCCGGCAUUGCAUACUACUCCAACCUCGUCGACGCGCUCCUCGAGGCCGGCAUCGAGCCAUGCGUCACCAUCUUCCACUGGGACCUGCCCUCGGCCCUGGAAGCGCGCUACGGUGGCUGGUCGAACCGCGAGAUCGUCGCCGACUUUGAGGCGUACUCGCGCCUGCUGUUCUCCCGCUUGGGUGAUCGCGUCAAGCACUGGAUCACGAUCAACGAGCCGUUCAUCGUGCUGCGCAACAUGAGCCGCGGCGUCAAGCCCGACUACGACUGGGAGAUUGAUACCUGGCGCAUUCCGGGACACAUGAUCCUUGCGCACGCGGCGGCUGUCAAGGCGUACCGCGACGACUUUACCCACCAGGGCGGUGACAUCGGCAUCUGCCUCAACUGCGACUGGUUUGAGCCGCUCGGCGACAGCGCGGAAGCCCAGCUCGCACCGCAGGCAAGGAGAGACACCUACCUUGGCCUGUAUGCCGACCCGAUCUACCUUGGCCGCUUCCCACAAAGGUGUAUCGACACGGCAGGCGACCGGCUGCCCCAGUUCACCGACGACGAGUGGGCCAUGGUCAAGGGCUCAUCGGAUGUCUUCUACCUCAACUCAUACUCGACCCACUGGUUCACGGGCGAGAAGCUCACCGACGAAACGAAGGAGAUGUACGGCGGCUACGUUUCGACGCAGCUGGACUCGGAGGGCAAGCUGAUCGGAGAGGCGGGCCAGCCGGGCUUCCUCAAGAUAGUUCCAUGGGGGUUCCGCAACAUCAUAACCUACAUCCACAACCGCUACUUGAAGCCAACGUCCACGCCCCUCGUGAUCUCAGAGAACGGCUUCAGUAUCGCCAAGGAGGCCACCCUCGGCCUGCCCCGGGUGCUGGACGACACCAAGCGCAUCGACUACUUCCGCGCGUACAUCGGCGAGCUGGUCAAGGCGGUCAACGAGGACGGCGUCGACGUGCGCGGAUACUAUGCCUGGAGUCUGCUCGACAACAUCGAGUGGAUGAGCGGCUUCGAGUGCCUCUUUGGCUCGGUGUUUGUCGACCGCGAGAAUGGGCACGCUAGGCAUAUCAAGAAGUCGGGAUACUGGCUCAAGGAGUACUUUGAGGCAGCUACAAGCAAGUAGGGAUGUAUUGCUCAUGUGUCUCA